CAAUGGAAGAAAUUCACACAAAAAUGGCCACACGUCAAAAAGAACUGAAUUUGUUUCUAGAAGUAGCAGAUAAACCAUCUGCCGACAAAGCAUGGUUCCCACCCCCACCAACAGAAAUGAGUUCUUUUGUAAUAGUUUUCAUCAAGUACUUUAAUCCUGAUACGCAAUCUUUAAAAGGACUUUGUCAUUUAUAUGUUCAAAUGUUUGAUAAUGUUGGCGAUAUUAUUCCGAUUCUUUGCAAGAAAAAGGAAUUCCCACCACACACGCCCUUGGAAGUAUACGAAGAAAUAAAACCAGACAUUAUCAUAGAGAUGGACCCAAAAUUGACUUUUCAACAAUCUGAGAUACAAGAUGGGGAUAUUAUUUGCUUCCAGAAGGCUUUAACAGAAAACGAAACAAAAGAACAUACUGCAGCAG